UCUUCUUUAUCAUUUCUCUAAUAUCAAUUUACGUAUUCGUUGAUUUUUCUUGGUCCGUUUGGUUGGCGAGAAACGCUGCAAAAGUUGGAAACAGAUUGGUUUUGGAUUUCAAAAGGCUAGGGAUUUUUUUCUGUUUGUUUUAUUUUCGUCUGCUUCCUCGCCAACCGAUAGAGGAUUAGGGUUUUGAGAUUGAAAUACCUCCUCCGGGCUGAGCUUCCCUGUUCCUUGUUUCUUUUUAGAUUUGUCUGUCUGAUCGUACUGGAUUUAGGGUUUUGUUUUUCUUCGUAUGUCUAUGGAGUGAUUGAUAGAUAGAGUUAAGUGAAGGAUUAUUCAUUGUUGGAGUUAUUUAAAAUGACGGAGCCUUCCAAAGUCAUUCAUGUUCGUAAUGUGGGGCAUGAAAUAUCAGAGAAUGAUUUGCUUCAGCUGUUCCAGCCAUUUGGCGUCAUUACUAAGCUUGUGAUGCUUCGUGCAAAAAAUCAGGCUCUCCUCCAAAUGCAAGAUGUUCCCUCAGCUGCCAAUGCAAUGCAAUUCUACACGAAUGUUCAGCCAAGCAUAAGGGGGAGGAACGUCUAUGUUCAGUUCUCAUCACAUCAAGAACUAACAACAGUGGAUCAGAAUGCUCAAGGACGAGGAGAUGAGCCUAAUCGAAUUCUCUUAGUUACAAUUCAUCACCUGCUAUACCCUAUAACAGUGGAGGUGCUGCAUCAAGUGUUUUCUCCUCAUGGUUUUGUGGAGAAGAUUGUCACGUUUCAGAAGUCAGCUGGUUUUCAAGCCCUUAUCCAGUAUCAAUCACGCCAGAGUGCAGUUGCAGCAAGGAAUUCUCUUCAGGGACGCAAUAUUUAUGAUGGUUGCUGUCAGCUUGACAUUCAAUUUUCAAACCUUGAUGAGUUACAAGUGAACUACAAUAAUGAGCGCUCUAGGGACUUCACAAAUCCAUCUCUGCCUUCAGAGCAGAAAGGCAGAUCUUCACAGUCUGGUUAUGGUGAUGCAGGAGGUAUGUAUGCCCUUCAACCAGGAGCCAGGGCAGUUGGAUUUCCACAGAUGCCCAAUGCGUCUGCCAUUGCUGCUGCCUUUGGAGGAGGUUUGCCCCCUGGAAUUAGUGGGACAAAUGACAGGUGUACUGUCCUUGUCUCUAAUCUAAAUCCUGAUAGAAUAGAUGAAGAUAAGCUUUUCAACCUGUUCUCCAUCUAUGGAAACAUUGUCAGAAUUAAGCUGCUCCGCAAUAAGCCAGAUCAUGCACUAGUCCAAAUGGGUGAUGGCUUCCAGGCUGAGUUGGCAGUACAUUUUCUGAAGGGAGCCAUGCUAUUUGGAAAGAGAUUGGAGGUGAACUUCUCGAAGUAUUCAAACAUAACUACAGGUGCUGAUACACACGAGUAUAUGAACUCAAGUCUUAACCGCUUCAACCGUAAUGCUGCAAAGAAUUACCGCUACUGCUGUUCCCCUACAAAGAUGAUCCAUGUGUCCACUCUUAACCAGGACAUCACGGAGGAGGAGAUUGUGUCUCACCUGGAGGAACAUGGCACCAUUGUCAACACCAAGCUCUUUGAGAUGAAUGGGAAGAAGCAGGCUCUGGUGAUGUUUGAAAAUGAGGAGCAGGCAACUGAAGCUCUUGUGUGCAAGCAUGCCACCCCCCUUGGUGGAUUAGCAAUCCGCAUUUCCUUUUCCCAGUUGCAGGGUAUAUAGGAAAGCCCUCACCAUAAAGGGGUCGUGGGGGUUAAGGGCUAAUAAACGUGAAGGAUAUUUAUGUGCGGAUUACAUCUUCUAUAACUUUCUCUUUCUUUUUCUUGUAUUUGUGAUUUAAUUGCUUUUGUAGUGGUGGAAUGCUCAGUUGGUUUUGUAUUAAUAUAACAUUUGCUCUCACCCUAGUUUCUCUAGGGUUUUCCAAUGCUAGGACUUAGGAGCAAUCUCUGUUGUAGGCAGAUAUGCUGGGCUUUUGAAAAGUACCAGGGAAAUAUGUGUAAUAUUCCCUUACGCGUGAGCCUGAGGGAUCUCUUCCUUUUCCGCCUUCUUUUUCUGUAUAGUUUUUACUUUUCCCAAUUGAGGCUUAUAUUUUUUAUUGUAUCCAAAUUGGUUAUGGCCGACUGAUUGAUGAGUGUUCCAAGGUUACUUUGUUCUUAUUA